CGCUGUUAGACGUUGAUCGUAGACCCAGACAUGGCGACCUACAGGUAGAACACACUGUGCUAAUGUUGAUGUUAAUUUGAAGGGUGACCGGAGAAAAUCAGCAGAUAUGCUCGGACUGACAUUGAAAGAGGUGUCUUUGGCAUUCAGGGAGGGGAGAAUCUCCCCAACUGAGCUCUGUAGGAAGUGUCUGAAUCGCAUCAAAAAAACUCAGCGCCUGAACGCUUACAUCACUGUUACAGAUGAAUUUGCUAUGUCACAGGCUCGACAGUCGGAAGCAAGGCUGCUUCAAGGCAUCCCCAAAGGACCCCUGGAUGGGAUCCCCUUUGCUGUCAAGGACAAUUUCUGCACUGCCAAUAUUAGAACAACAUGUGCCUCCAAGAUGCUGAAAGACUACACUCCGCCCUACAAUGCUACAGUUGUACAAAAGCUUCUUGACCAAGGGGCCGUACUGAUGGGGAAGACUAACAUGGAUGAGUUUGCAAUGGGUGCAGGCAGUACCGACGGGGUGUUCGGUCCAGUCAGAAACCCGUGGAGCUACGCAGCUUCAUACAGAACACAGGGGGGAGCAGCUUCUGACUCCGACUGGGUCAUCACUGGAGGAAGUUCUGGGGGAAGUGCCGCAGCUGUCGCCUCAUGCACAAGCUACCUGGCUUUGGGUUCCGACACAGGCGGUUCAACCCGUAAUCCCGGAGCGCUGUGUGGAGUGUUCGCCCUGAAACCCACUUACGGCCUGUUGUCAAGGCAUGGCCUCAUUCCCUUAGUUAAUUCCAUGGAUGUCCCUGGAAUUAUUACACGCAGCGUCAGUGAUGCAGCUAUUGUCUUAGGUGUCCUCCAAGGCAUUGAUGUUAGAGACUCGACCACAGUACCUGCUCCAUCAGCACUAACAGAUCUUCCUGAAGACUUUGAUGUUAGGAACAUCUGUGUUGGCAUCCCGAAGGAGUACCAUGCCCCCGGCCUGUCUGAGGAGACCCUGGCUCAGUGGAGUCGUGUUGCAGACUUGUUUGAGAAAGCGGGAGCCCGGGUGAAGCAGGUUUCCCUCCCACACACUCGGUACUCCAUCGUCUGCUACCACGUCCUUUGCCACACCGAGGUGGCGUCAAACAUGGCCCGAUUUGAUGGGCUGGAAUACGGUCACCGGAGUGAGAUGAAGAGCUCCACGGAGGUGAUGUAUGCUUCAACCCGACACGAGGGCUUCAACGAUGUAGUCAGAGGGAGGAUUCUUUCCGGGAACUACUUCCUGCUUAAACAGAACUACCAGCACUACUUUGUGAAGGCCCAAAAAGUCCGCCGGCUGAUCGCAGACGACUUCCGGCACGUUUUUGGUUCAGGGGUCGACGUGCUGCUGACUCCCACAACACUGAAUGAUGCAGCCUGUUACCAUGACUUCACACAGGAAGACAACCGCACUCGCAGCGCACAGGAAGAUGUCUUCACCCAGCCUGCAAACAUGGCAGGCCUCCCUGCUGUCUCUGUGCCGAUCGCCUUAUCACGGCGGGGUCUGCCCAUUGGCUUACAGCUCAUCGGCCCCGCCCUGGAAGACAAGAAGCUGCUUUGUGUCGCUCAGUGGAUCGAGCAGAGGGUGGGCUUCCCAUCCAUUAGUGACUGCGAUGACACACAGGAGAGCAGGAAGGAUCCAAGAGUGACCAGGAGGGAGCAGACUUCAGCCGUCUGAGGAGCGCUUUCGAUACUAUCAAAACUAAAAACAACUCCUGAUAUCCUCAUAGGAAGUUCUAUAUUGAGUUAUCGGAUCACAAAUUACAGAUGCUUUAUAGUGAUAAAGUACAUUUAAUAAACUACAGAAUGUUAAAACCUGACUACUGUUUAACUGGGAUGUUGCAUCACAUCCUGUUACAUAGACAUAAUGUAAGAGCCGGCCAUUCUCGUUAAGCUUGUAUGUAUUUACAGAGCCAAAGUUCUUCCAUACUAGAGUACAAGUCUAUCUUUAGAGCUCUUUUCUUCGUUGUUGACUAUGAAAUUCAUUUUGAGAAAUUUCAUUUUUGGGUUUCAUUUUGGGCUCAAAAAGUUACAUAUGAUAUAAAAUGUCACUUAUAUCAUAUGUAGAGAACAUAGAUUUUAAUCCAAAAAUAUAUAUUUUUUAUGCACAACUUAGUCGGGAAUCACAUGUCUGAUUAUUAAAAUACAGCAAUGUGAAUAUAAACUGACUUUAAAAGCUUUUUUUUCUAAUCUCUUGUUUUGAUGAGGCAUUCAGUCAUUUUACAAAAAUUUUUAUAAAAUGUAGAAGAACAUUUAUAGCUAAUUUACUAAUGAUAUUUAGCCACUUUACAAGCAUUAGAAUUAAAACAGAGACAAAGAAGAAAAGGAGUUUCCUCUUCUAGGUAGAAACCAGACUUGCACUAUUUUACAUCGAAGGGUAAUACAAAAACAUCUUCAUUAUAGAUUUCUGGUUUAUUCUUUCAGGAACUCCUAUCAGUAAAUACAAAGAUCAAGCCACUCUACUGGCUUCCUUAAAACUGGAGGUAUUUUCAUCAUGGAAAUAACUUGUCGUGAAUAUGAUGACUACCAUGAGGUAAAAGCAAAUAAGAAUGCUAAUUUUAGGAAACACAAUACAUCCAGUGUUGCACUCGUCGUGUCACUGUUGGCAGCAGCAAUGCUCUUGGGUUUUUACCAUAUAAAGCUCAAACCAGAAGUAUGUGACCUUCCUGUCUUCGUAGGUAUGGUCUCAGCUGCAGUUUGUCUUUACCUUCUCAUUCUCGUACAUCUAAAAAAAGCACCUAAUCCUCAUUAUGUUUUUAGUAAGACAUUAUUUCUCGCAGACAACCGUUUAUUUUAAUAGGAAAUGAAAAGCAAGUAUACUGAAACAAUUUUCUUCAUGAUUGAACCGGCUUGUUCAAAUCGGUUCUGAUGUCUCCUGUUGGUGUUGUGCAAAAAUUUCAGUGUGACAAAUUCAAACUAUGUUCAAACCAAAAGUAAAAGACAUUUAACAAUAA